CUUCCGCCAUUAUUUGUUGAAUAUAAAAGGCACAGACGCGGAAUCAAAUUAAUAUCGCAACAGACCAAAAUCUGCGGUAUCGCCUCCUUCCUCCUCCAUACUGUGCCGCCGCCUCCCUCCCUCCCCCGAGGUGAUCCGCGUCCGUCCUCAGCUCACAGUACCGCUUACUCUUGCGAAAUGUCGGACAGCCAUGACACCGAUCGGAACAUCGAGAUAUGGAAGAUCAAGAAGCUGAUCAAGGCCCUCGAAGCUGCCCGAGGGAAUGGGACUAGCAUGAUCUCACUCAUAAUGCCUCCUCGGGACCAGAUAUCCCGUGUCACAAAGAUGCUUGGGGAUGAGUACGGAACAGCUUCGAACAUAAAGAGUCGGGUGAAUCGGCAGUCCGUGCUCGGAGCCAUAACUUCCGCCCAGCAAAGGCUAAAGCUUUACAGCAAGGUUCCUCCUAACGGGCUCGUACUCUAUACUGGAACUAUUGUGACCGAGGAUGGGAAAGAGAAGAAGGUGACCAUUGAUUUUGAGCCCUUUAGGCCCAUCAAUGCGUCGCUGUAUCUGUGUGACAACAAGUUCCACACCGAGGCCCUGAAUGAAUUGCUGGAGUCAGAUGAUAAGUUUGGGUUUAUUGUAAUGGAUGGGAAUGGUACGCUCUUCGGCACUCUGAGUGGCAACACCCGAGAAGUGCUUCACAAGUUCAGUGUGGACCUCCCAAAGAAACACGGCAGAGGAGGACAGUCAGCCCUUCGAUUUGCCCGUCUGCGAAUGGAAAAACGUCACAAUUAUGUCCGUAAAACGGCUGAGCUGGCAACCCAAUUCUUCAUCAAUCCUUCAACGAGCCAGCCUAAUGUGUCGGGUCUGAUCCUGGCAGGGUCUGCAGACUUCAAGACUGAGCUGAGUCAGUCAGACAUGUUCGAUCCCCGUCUGCAGGCAAAGAUUCUUAACGUUGUUGAUGUGUCUUAUGGAGGGGAAAACGGAUUCAAUCAGGCGAUUGAGCUGUCUGCAGAGAUCUUGGCCAAUGUGAAGUUCAUUCAGGAGAAAAAGUUGAUUGGGAAGUACUUUGAGGAGAUAAGUCAAGAUACAGGAAAAUACGUUUUUGGGGUGGAUGAUACACUCAAAGUUCUUGAGAUGGGUGCGAUUGAGAUACUCAUUGUGUGGGAAAACCUCGACAUGAACCGUUACACCUUGAAGAACACCUCCACAGGCGAGGUUCUUGUCAAACACCUAAACAGGGAGCAGGAGCUCGACCAGAACAAUUUUAGGGAUCCAGCCACAUCCGCGGAACUCGAGGUUCAGGAGAAAGUGUCCUUGUUGGAGUGGUUUGCGAAUGAGUAUAAAAGGUUCGGGUGCACACUCGAGUUUGUGACAAAUAAAUCUCAGGAAGGGUCACAGUUCUGCAGAGGGUUCGGUGGUAUUGGGGGUAUCCUCCGUUACCAACUCGACGUGAGAUCCUUCGAUGAUUACUCAGAUGAUGGGGAGUUUUAUGAUGAUUCUGAAUAGCAAUCAAUACACUCUUCCCUAAGACUGGUGCAGGAUACCAGGGCAGAUUCGCCUGCACCAGUGAGCGCGCGGGCUGUCGCGCGAAAUUAUGCUGCUGCUCCGUGUGGGUCCAACUAGUCCCGCAUUGUCGAACUGAAGGUACCACCUACAGCUGCACAUGUGGAGGAACUGCCUACUGAAGAUAGAGGUGAUGGAGUUUCUUGCUAUCAAUUUGGGUUUGGAGUCGGUGAAAUCUCUUGCUGAUAUCUGCUUCAUGGAAUGGAACGGAACCAAUAUGGUAUUGUUUAGCGUUGAACUUCUGGUAUGCUUCAAGAAUAAGGUUUUAUACCAGCUUGUUAUGGGUGAAACUCUCCGUUCAUGGGUGGAACUCUUGUUUUACUUUUCGUCAGUACUGUUAAGACUGUACUAUCGGUGUGGCUGGAUCUGGGUUAUAUAAGGACCUCUUAUGUUUUUAUUCUGUGUAUGAAGUUUCCUAUUUUUGGUAUA